AUGAAUUUAGACAGCCGCAACUUACCCCUCUUUGACAACCACUACGGGCAUGAAACGUUGGUCGGGGAUUGGAAGGAGAGCCGCGACCUAGAGGCCAUGCAGGCAGCCAUCAAAUCGGCAGGCGGGCGGGGACCUGAUUCCGGCCAUCCGGCGAAACCGCUUUCCACGAUGACACUCAUAAUGGCCAACGCGGCCGGUCCUGGCGAGUUGAGCGAUAAGGUCCGCGAGUGGGCGAACGCCGGGCGCUCGACGUUCACAAACGACUUCACCCCUCCACAGGGCGAGGACCAUGACGGCAUAGGCCGAACGAGUAUCAACCCCGUGCAGCCCCCGAAAGGUUUGGACCGCGAGCUGAUAUUCAGCACCGACGCAGGCACCGUGGCGGUGUUUGAAGGGCAGCCCACAAGCAUCGAAUACGGGUUGUACCUCUCCAAUCCUGCGGUGGAUUGGGGCUCAGUGCCGGAGGCUAAAAAUCCUGAGGCCGCCGCAAUGAGCGCCCGACGGCAACGCCUGUGCGUGCAGUCCCCGAGAACGUUGUACGAUACGUAUCAGCAACUCCAGGAUAAAGGGAAGCCGGGAUCCAAAAGCACCGCUCACUUCCUCGGGAAUAGGGAAGUGAGCGGCACCGGCAAUUCGUCACCUCGCUACCUCACAGACGUCGCGGAGCGCCUGAUAGCGCCGAUAGGGAAAGAACAAACUGGGAGGGUGUCGAACAUCUCAGAGUCAAAGACAAGCGGUCCUGAAGGUGUCGGGGCUUUUAACAGUUCAGAAGAAACUCGCGACUCUGAUACUGCGAGGAGUGAAAAAUGUCGUGAGGUCUCUAUGAUCGCUACAACGCAUCCACUUCGGGUAACGACAAAACGCCCCACUCAUCAUAGUGGCGCCUCUCUACAUCAAAGCACAUGUUUUUUGACAACCAAAAUGUCUGCUGAGAGAACUGUAGCAGACAGCUGUUUUCAGCGAUCUCUACCACCUCCUAAGUUCCCACUAUAG